UUUAUUGUUUGAUGCAAUGGAGUACAAGGUUGUUGAACCAGCAGCUGAAAAGAAAUAUCACUUCUUCAAUAUCUUACAUGAAGAAGAAGAAGAAGAAGAAAACAGAGGAUUGCGCAUUCCAAGUGAAAAUUCGAGGAUAAAAGAGGAGGGCUCUUCUAGUCAAGAGAAGUUUGCUGCAGAAGGAGCAGUCCCAAGGAAAGUCAUGUCUUUCAAUUCCCCCUUUCCUUUCUUCUGGACCUCUAUUAAGUCCUCCAACGUUUCUGGAAGCAGAUUUUGUAUGGUGACUUGAUAAAUCAUGCAUGCCAAUAUAUGCUGUUGAAGUAAAGGUUUUAUGAACACUGGGAACUCCGUUUUUAAUUAUACAUCUACGUUUUACAGACAAUACAAAUUUGCAAGAGAACAUCUUGCAGCUGAGGUAACAAAUCCAUAUGGCGUGGCCGUCUUGCUACAAAAUGAGGAAGGUCUCAGUUGGGAGGUUCUUGUCAAACCAGCUGGACGUAAAUACACAUUUGGUGCAGGGUGGAAACACUUUUCCACAGACAACAAGCUGAAAAUUGGUGAUUGUGUGAUUUUUGAACUCAUUGAUAGACUUCCAGAUUCAACUUUUGCAAUGAACUUCCAUAUCUGUCGCAUUCCGGUUCCCGUUCCUUCUCCAUUUCCUGCACAAGAAAGAAAGAGAUGUGGGAAGGCAUGUGAAAAUUCAACGAUAAGAAAGGAUUGGUUACAUUCACCUCAUCGUAAUACCAGAUUGAUAAUAAUAUAUGUAUUUCAAUUUCCAGAGAAGUUUGCUUCAGCAAUCGCAUUUGAGAGCAAAGUCAAUUCUUUCAGUUCUCCCUUUCAUUUCUUCCGGACCUCUAUGAAGCCUUCCAGCGUUCUCCGUAUGUAUAUACCGGUUAAAUUUGCAAGAGAACAUCUUCCAACAAAAUGUGGGGAAGAAAGAAUGGAUCAUGUCUUACUACAAAAUGUGGAAGGCCGCAGUUGGGAGCUUCGUGCCAGCUUAAGCGGAUGUGAAAACUACUAUUUACAUAGAGGCUGGAAAAAAUUUGCCACGGACAACAAGCUGAAUAUUGGUGAUUGCUUGCUUUUUGAACUCAUUGGUAGACUUCCGGAUGCAACAUUUGUAAUGAUCUUCCGUAUCUCUCGAAUUCCAGUCUUUGUUGACGAUGAUUUGGAUGAUGAAUGAAGUGGCUCUUCGGCCAGGGGUAUCAAAUGUUUUUACUGAACUACU